AUGGCUAUCGACUAUCGGCAUGGGAUCUCGAUCCUAGAGAUCGCUGUUUACUCUCCAACCCUCUUCCUCGCCCUCUGGAUGGCAUUCCACCAUGGUUUCAAAAAAAGCUCGGGCUGGUUCUUUUUCGUCAUCUUCUGUCUUGCCCGCAUUGUUGGCUCAGCAUGCCAUUUGGCCACGAUUCAAUUUCCUUCCAGCGUCGAUCUAUACAUUGCCUGGGCUGUUUGUACUUCACUCGGGCUGUCGCCGUUAAUCUUGGCUUGCAUUGGACUGUUAUCACGAGCGAAUGAUUCUAUUAAGCGAAAGACCGACAACGCUCUCCCUCCGAUGAUCUUCCGGAUUGUUGGACUGUUUUCACUAGUUGCUGUGAUUCUAAGCAUCCUCGGCGCCACCUCGAACCCCAAUAUUACCCAUGGCCUUGUCAACAUGAAGACAAAAGUCGGACUCAUUUUCUACCUUAUUGCUUGGAUCGGUGUAUGCGGACUCCUCCUCCUGGUUGCGAAACGAACUCACAGUAUCGAGGAUGGAGAACAUCGCCUCCUCCUGGCUGUCGCAGUCUCUCUCCCCUUGAUCCUCGUGCGAUUAAUGUACUCUUUCAUCUACGCAUUUGGCCACAAGGCUGAGUUCAAUUCGGUGUCAGGAAAUAUCACAAUCCAGCUUGUGAUGUCUAUCCUAGAAGAGUUUGUCGUUGUUCUCGUAUGCUUGGGUAUCGGCCUGACACUUCAAGUUCGACCUUCCGCAGAGUAUACCCAGCAGCCCAGUGUCUCCACCAGAUAUGAAAAUGCAAUGGAGCUGGAGAGUGGCCAUUUAAUGGGACAAUCGGCAGAAAAGGUACGAGCCCAAAGGCCAAAGCGUCGGGGUGGUCCCAUUGCGAGACUCGUGAUGUUUAUUGUGGAUGAGAUCAAUGACAGGAAGCGAUGA